UCCGGAACUCCUUCCGUCCAGCAAAACAUUACUGAGCAAGCGAGCACAGCACUUGUCAACAACCGAGCGUCACCUCAAUUUCCGAGCGAACAAACUCUCGCCACUUCCCCACCGAUCGUUUACCUGUCCAGUUGACAGGCCGACUCAAUGCAUUUCAGAGGACCUAAAACACCGAGACGAUCAUGGACGUCAACGAUUUGUUUAGUAGUUGCAGAAAGGGCGACAUUUGUAGAGUCAGAUACCUCGUUGAACAGCGAGACGUGGACCUCAAUAUAAGAGAUCAAUGGGACAGCAGCCCCUUAUAUUAUGCUUGUCUCUGUGGCCACGAAGAGCUUGUCCAGUACCUGCUGGCAAGUGGUGCCAAGUGUGAGGCUAACACAUUUGAUGGCGAGCGGUGCCUGUACGGCUCACUGAACGACUCAAUCCGACGCCUGCUCAAAGAGUACAAGUGUGUCGGUGUCCGUGCCAUGAAGCGGGAUGAUUUUAACUACUUCCUACACUUGUUGCUGGAACAGGGACUCCACAGUGAUAUCACGUUCCUCGUUCACGGGCAAAUGUUCACGGCUCACCGAUGCGUGCUCGGUGCACUCUCGGAGUACUUCAGCGAAAUGUUUGCGAGCAAAUGGAAAGACAAAACCUUGAUCCAUCUCAAGCAUCCUCUGAUCAACCCUGCAGCUUUUGGAGCCAUUCUGCAAUAUUUAUAUACAGGACGUAUGGAUAUUGACGUAAGCCUCGUGGACGACUGCAGACGGCUUGCUAAGCAGUGCAAAAUGACAGAUUUGAUUGAGGAGCUGCAGAUUAAAUGCCGGCAGGUGUACGACUUUGUAUCCAACAAGCCGGGCAUCUGUGUGAAGGUCCUCAGUCUGGAGCCUCAUAUCUGCCAACUCCAGGAGGACAUGGCCCAGUUGGCUGACUGUGCUCUGCCGCCUCAGCUCAGAGUCGGAUACGGGGCACUUCCCUUCAACAAUGCCGACCACCUGCCCACCUAUCCUGAUGUCUGCUUCAGAGUCGAUGGCUACGAUUUUUUGUGUCAUAAGGCAUUUUUCUGUGGGCGGAGUGAUUAUUUUAAAGCUUUGCUGGUGGACCACUUCUGUGAGGGAGAGCAGCUCCUGUCCCAGCCUAGCACUCCGGCCAUAACUCUGCACAACAUCUCUCAUCAGAUUUUCAUCCAUAUCAUGUAUUACAUAUACAGCGAUGACACACAGGUGACACGAGAGAACGUGUUUGACAUCCUGUGCGUGGCCGACAUGUACCUGCUGCCGGGGUUGAAACGUCUGUGCAGCAAGACCCUCGCCAAGAACCUUUGUGAGGACAACGUUCUGUGCAUGUGGAAGACGGCCAAGCUGUUCCGGCUCACUCGGUUGGAAGAUCAAUGCAUAGAGUUCAUGUCCAAAAUAAUUGAGCGGCUGGUGGAGAAGGAGGAGUUUGCUGAGAUGGUCAAAGAGGAUGCAGCUUUGCUGGAGGAGCGACAGGAGACCGACUCCGUCCCCCUGAUAGACGAAAUCCGUUCCUACAUCGUCAGUAACGUGCAGACGUACAGUGCCAUCGAGGAAGCCAAUCAGAAGCUGGAGGUCUUGGAAGAGCUGCUAUUAAGCAUCGAUAUUGACUGCUGAAGAGGUGCAAUUUGCCUGAGAUACAACCUUUGUUUCUGUAGGCUUCAUUUAUCUGUUGUUACAAUAUUGUACAUAACCUAUUUUUAGUUGUAAACAUUAGUGAGAAUAUUACAUUUAUACAUAUUGCCAGAGGAUCUAAAAAGUCUACAUACAUAUGUGCUUUAACUCGUACAACGUAAGAUAGAUCUUUUGGUGAGUGGGAUAAAAAUGAGCGCAAGUGUGCACCCCUUAAUACUGGACGUGUGGUUGAGUUUAAAAUUAAUGCAAAGCCCAGCCGUAGGGAAAAAAAAUUGGGAAAUUGUUGUCACGUUGAUUAAGCAUCCAGGGUUUGCACAAAAAAAUUUGCGGCUUCUGUAAUGUUGCUGUCAUUCUCUUUGCAGCUUUCCAGUUUUCAUUUUAUAUCAAUUUUGGAGGGACAUCCAGUUCUUGGUAAUCUUUGCCAUGUUUGCUUUACUAUAUUCCAUAGUAUAUAUGUUUUAGAGCCGAACAAUUACAAAAGGGUAUCCACACUAGCAUCAUCAUGUCUGUUUACUUUUUGCUUUAAAAUAUUGCUUAUGUUUUCCCCCAAUUUAUCUGUAUGGAGGUUUUGGAAUUAUUUGUCUUGGUCUCAUCUUUCAUCUCACCAAAACCUUUGACCAGAUGGGUGUAGACUUUUUAUAUCCAUGGGACUAUUUUUGCAUGUGUGACUGACCACUUUAAUUCGGCCUCCAAGCAACAAGUUGCUUUCAUUGCUACGUUUUAUAUUUCAAAUAUUUUAAUAUUUUAAGAAUCUAAUUCCAUAAUGAUUAUGAUUUAAUAUAUCUCCUUUUACGUUGUAUGUUGUGAAAUAUAUUUGGCAGGUUGUUCAAGAGAGAGAAAAGUGGAACCUUAAUAUUGAAUCCACCUUUAUUUUUGUUUAAAAACAGACAAAUUCUUCAAGUUCUUGGUUUAGGCAAAAAAAAAAUCACCCAUCUAUUACAACCGCAUGUUGACAAAUCUUGUGUUGUGAUUGAAGCCUAACGCAUUUAGUUAGUGACUAGUAGUUCACCUCUGUACCAAGAGAUAGCGCUAUUUCUCAUCUUUUAGGUAGCUGAGUGUCAUUGAAGAUGAGUGUUCAAACGAAGUUCUCUUGGUAACAACAUCAUUGUUGCACAAAUAUCCUUCAUCGAGCUCUUAUAGAACGUAUAGAAUGAUACGUUCCAAAAAUUCUGAGAUUUUCUUUUGUGUAACAUGGUAUCUUACUUUUCAGAUUAGUUAUCAGGGUGGUGGGAAUAAGCAUGGAUGGAAUCUUGUGUUUUGUAAAUUUAUAGCCAGUUGACGGAAUCAAUUUGCUGUUCCAACAGUUGCCACUGAAAAUAUCUGUGAACAAAAUGUUUGCCCUCCAGCCCUGACAGUGAAUGCUAACAAGGUCCAUGGUAUUAGAAUAAACAGCACAAUUAGUUAUUA